AUGCCCAUUAUAAAUGAUUCUGAUAUUUUCUCACCCGUCCAGUUUGAGGAAAGGGUUCAGAAAAUAUUUCAAUCAUCGCAGGGAUGGUCUGUGCCGCACAUCUCGCACAUUACUGUAGAUCACCUAGCAGACGCCGGGGCCCCGAGACGGAAUCCAACCGUCGCAGAGAUGGCAAACAACGAGUUCUCGCUCCUGGAUAUAGCACGCCAGUACGAUACAAGUGUACCUGCUGUAGUACCACAGAAACCCAAGCCGCCACCACAGGGAAACGGGGAAAGGGAAAGACAGAGCGAAAGGAGGGCACGAGAUGCACGCCAAUAUACAUCCCAGAAGAAACCACCACCACCACCACCCAGAGUCAACCCACCCCCAUCAGGUGUCAAUCGCAGCAGCAGGCGAGUGGCGUUGAAAAAUGCCCCCAUAUUACCCGAAGUAGAAAAAAGGUUACAACGGGUGAAUCUAUUACAGCAAACGGGUCGCGUCAGACGGGCCGCCAGAGCCGCCGCUAAGAGUGCCGAAACUGGAGAAAUCACUCCAGCUGAAAAGCUCUUUGAAAAGAAACUGCUGUUCAAGGGAUCGGCCGCCAAAGAGUCGGAGCUGCCCAGGCUUAAGAUGGAUGAGAUAGCUUUUGUGGGGAGGUCGAAUGUGGGCAAGUCUAGUCUGUUGAAUGCCCUUGCAGGACCCCGUGGCAAUCCGGCCGUAGUGGAAGACAAGCCCGGGACCACAAGAUGUGCCAAUUUCUACGCCGUGCAGAAACAAAUGUGCCUAGUGGAUCUACCUGGAUACGGCUUUGCAUACGCCGACACAACGUCGAAAGAGCAGGGGGUAACCAAGUCUUGGUAA